AGGCGGCAUUUUUUCAAAAUGUCAACUGUUUUAUGUGAUCCUCCUUAUCGUGAUGUUUUCACAGUGUCUGGUAGACUAGCUGACUUAGAUGAAAAUGACAAACUGUCGUUGCUUUCAAAACCUUGGAAUGAUGCUCAUAAAUAUAAGUUCCCGUCCAGAUUUAUCGGUGGUAAAUUACGGCAUUUCAACGAGAACUGGUUGAAAUCUCAUCAUUGGCUGGUUUACUCGGUUUCCAUGGACUCAGUCAUGUGCGCUCCAUGCCUGAUCUUCAGUAACGGGAAGUCAAGGACUUUGUCAUCAACUCCAUUUAAUGACUGGAAAAACAUAUCAACAGUGUUGGCCCGCCAUUGCGUAGAUGAAGUUCACAAGAAUAACAUCGUCAUGGCAGAUAAUUUUGUUGAUAUUCUUAAUGGAAAGAAGGAAUCUAUAAUAUGCAAGUUGUCAUCUACAGCGAAGGAGACAGUGCAGCAUAAUAGGCACAUACUAGCCAAGAUUAUUCAAGUUGUGCUGUUGCUAGGGAAACAAAACAUACCUUUUAGGGGUCAUACUGAAGAACGGAGUAAUUUUAUGGCAGUGUUGCAGUCUCAUGCACAAACUGACCCUCUACUGGCAAACCACCUUCAGCAUGGAAAAGAUAACGCACGAUACACUUCCCCCGAGAUUCAGAAUGAGCUGAUAAGCCUCUGUGCUGAUCAAGUAAGGCAGCAGAUAAUUUCUGAAUGCAGAAAAUCUGAUUUUUUGCCGUGAUGGCUGACGAAGCUACUGACUGUUCAACAAAGGAACAGUUAUCGAUAUGCGUGCGUUAUGUUGUUCAUAACGGUGAACAGUAUCAACUCUUUGAAAAGUUUAUCGGUUUUGUCACCUGCAGUUCUAUUAAAGGUGUACACCUGGCAAACGAAAUUUUAGACCACUUGCAAGGCUGUGGACUUGACAUUUUAAAGUUACGUGGUCAGUGUUACGACGGAGCAGGAAAUAUGGCCGGAAAGUACAACGGUGUUCAAGCGUUAGUGCGUGAGCGCGUACCCCUUGCUAGUUACGUGCACUGUAAAUCACACUGCCUUAACUUGUCAGUAGUACACACAUGCAAGCUUCAAUGUGUUAGAACUAUGAUGAAAACAGUGCAAGACAUCGGGUUUGCAUUUUCUUACUCAGGGAAGCGUUUGGAGGCUUUUGUUACAGAGUUGUCCGAAGACCCCGUCACACGUGCUCAAUUAGAAGGUCGACAGAAGCUCAAGACCCUCUGUGAAACGAGAUGGAUGAGCCGUGCAGAUGCAUUAACAACUUUCAAACAGGCAUUUCCAGUUGUCGUUCACGCCCUGGAAUCUCUUGAGGCUGACAAUGACGAUAAGGCUGGGGAGCACGUGCGUGCUAUACUGCGAUUUUGAUUCAUCAUUACUCUUGUUACCUGCGAACACAUCCUCAAUAUCCUUGUUGGACUGACUGGAAUACUUCAAGAGGUGAGUAUGGAUUUGUUAGAGGCUGUACGUGAAGCCGGUGUUGUGGUAGACAUUCUACGUGCAGAACGACAGGACGAUGCGGUGUUUGAUGCAAUUUACCAGACAGCCGUGGACAUAGCUGCUGAAUUUCAGAUUGAUGCAAGUGUACCGCGUCAAGCCGCCAGACAGCGCCAUAGAGCCAAUUAUCAGAUUGGGGAUCCAAAGGAAUACUGGCGAGUAUCUUUAUUCAACGUUUUCGUUGACCAUCUUGCCGAGGAAAUUAGUA